CGACGGGGAGGUGCAGAGAGAGGCUCUGUGGGCGUCAAGGAGAGAUGGGUAGGAAGAGGGUUGAUAAAGGAGCUCCUGCCACCUCGCCUCAUCAGUCACUCAGCCAAGAGAGAGGCAAGAAGAUCCCAAGGCAAGGAAGGAAGGGCUUGCAGAGGCAGACCAGGCACAAGAAGCCUUCACAGCAGCACUAGCAAAGUCACGGUCUUCUGCUUGGAUCAAUUUCCUUGACAGGGACCACAAUUGUCGGGCUGCUUCCUCCACCUCCAUCUCCUUCUCCUUCGAGGCUUCCUACUCCUCCUCCAGCCAUGAGUUCAGAGCAUCUGGUCCAGGAUCCGGAGAAAGGGCUUCCAACGGGGAAGGAGGCUCAGGAUCGGCCCUUGUCACCCCCCAAAAGCCAAGGGGGUCCCUGGAAGUGCCUCAGCAUCACUGCCUUCCUGCUCUUGGCUGCAGCCACCGGACUCUUCGCCUUCCUCCAGUAUGGGACCCUGUUCGGGCAAAAGGACUCUCAGGGGAACGGAAAGUCAUUUGCUGAUGACAUCCUACCAGAAACAAUGAAACUGCAAGCCCUGGUGUCUGGGAAACCAGCUGCCCAUGCCAUUGCUUCCUUGAACCAUCCUAAUCAAUUGAUCUGGACGACCGAUGUGGCACCUUCAGUGCUGGAGAAUGGUAUGAAGCUGGACAAGGCGGAGAACGCCCUGGUGGUGCCCUCCACGGGGCUCUAUUUUGUCUACUCUCAGCUCCUCUUCCACAAGGGCAGCUGCACGGACCCCGUGCUGCUCAGCCAAAGGAUCACUUGGCGCUCUGCCCAGUUCAACUCCGAGGUAGAGCUGCUGAAAUCCCUGAAGACCGCCUGUGAGCACGGGAGGGAUCCUCCAAACCAGGGCAAGUUCUGGUUCGAAUCCAUUUAUCAGGGGGCUGUCUUCAAGCUGCACAAAGGAGACCGCCUGUGGUCCAAAACAGAUUCCCUACAGUAUCUGGACCUAAGUCAGCAAGGACAAAUCUAUUUUGGGGUCAUUGCCAUGUAAGGAAAUUCUUGCACUGGGUGCCCUCUCUGGAGAUAUUUGGGGUUUUUCCCCUCUUAUCUGGUCCCAUUACUUUCCUUUUUUGUGCCCACUCCCCAAAUGCUGCCUCGUUGAAUCCAAACUGUGAACUGUCACAAGAAGUAUGGGAAGUUAGAGUGGAUGAGAGACAACCGAUGGGGGUGUUUUUUUGGGCUGAAUUAUGCUUGACCAAUAUCCUAUUUAUUUCUAUUUAUUUAUGUGUUUAAUGAGAAUAACAUUGAGGUGCUGAGACUGUAAUGAAUGCUCACUUGAUUUGUUGCUGGCUGCGAAGAUGCAAAGGUUGGAAAAGUUAUCUUUGAGACACUUCUCCCAUUCAACCUAGUCCCAAAGGUAACUUUUGCAUGUUCUGAGGGGAAAAAAGAAGGAAAAAUAUCCACUCACAGUAAUGUGCUAUGUACACAUGCAAUAUGUAUUUAUGAAUGUGCAAGGAUUGAAUCCAUUAUGACGGCCAAAAAUCAAACUGCGGUCACUAUGGAACUUUUGUAACUGCCUUCCAUGGGAAUUGUGCUCCUUUGGAUCCAGCUUUCAGGACCCCUCCUCAGAUUAUUUGGGUAUAUAUAUACUAUGUAUAUUUGCUUCUGAUGAUUUGACUAUGUCAAUGUAAUGUCUGGCAUCUUGUUAGUGGCAUCCUCUGAUGGAAGGCAAUGCAGUUAAAGCUGAAUAACUGUUCCCUAAACAUUGUAGAGUUUGGUAUUCCCUUCAUCCCUCUACAAGGACCAAAAUCCCCUUACCAUCGAGCCACUAUAUGGGAAAUGGAGAAUUGUCUGGCUAUGUCCCUGUAGCCAAAUGCAAAAUUAGACCUCAGUGGAUGAUGUAAUUGUCUUGCAUCUGGCAAUAGGGACACAACCAGAUGCCUUUCAACCUGCGCCAGGCAAGAAGGGUUUGGGGUUGAUGUGGCUGUACUAUAAGUCCUGGGGGUAUUGAAUGGCUGGCUGUGGGACAGUUCUACAUGCAAACUGCUAUUCUGCACUGAAUAAUACAGAGAUAUCUCUCUCUGUUGGAUGAUGCCAUAUCAAAUAUGCAAUCUGAUGCCAGAAUGCCUGGAAUAUUCCAGGCACUUUAAUGUCACUUUUAGAGUAUUUUGCCUUAUAUAUUCCCCUCAAACCAAGGGUUUCUAAAAAAUGUUAAGAUAUAUAUUUUAGAAGAUUAUUUAUUUAUUUAUAUGUAUAUUUAUUAUGAUGUAUGCUCUGAUUGCCACAGGGCAGGGUUAUUUUUAAAAAAGAAAAGAAUUGUGAACAUUUUUGUUUACAUCAGUGCCUGAAGGAAACCAAGCAAUAGAUUUUGAGAAAAUAAAAUGAAGUAAACUUA